AUGGCGAACGAUUACGACAGGCUCGUGCUAAUUCAGGAUCAUGCCGUGGAAUUGUGUGCCACGGUGGUUGUCACGAUUGUGUUGAUUAUUGUUGCGCGCAGUCUCACGGGCAUCAUGAAGCCCAAGGCAAGCAGCGCAGCGGACUCACCAGGCGACGUCAAUCUGCUUGCAGAGUACGGGCGCGUAUGGUGCCUCCACCAGUUCGUGCCAUUCGUGGACAAGGUGGUGCUGGGCAGCUACGGUCAGGCCAUGGACAACCGAAUGCUCAAGCCAUGGGACCAGGGGCCAGAUGACUGGAUGAUCCGCCUGCCCAUCUUGAUUAUCUCUUUCAUCUUUCCCACGCCGUGGAUCCUCUUGGUCGCCCACGUUGCGAACAUUGCCUCGUGGUGGUACUGGAUGCCAAGCGUGUGGGACCACAUGGUCUGGGCUGCACUGCUCGAGGUUACGUACGUUCUGGCGGCGCUGGCAGGGGGCGGUGGCGAGGCGCAGCUCGUCGUCCUGUACUGGAGCGCCGCCUUCUGGAAGCUCACGAGCUCCUGUGGUCUUCGGCCGACCUGGCCCGCCGAGGGGUGA